CAUAUUUCUCCUCACCCAGUCACUCCUCUCAUUCAAAAAAAAAAAAAAGAAGAAAAAAGAAUCCAAUUGACCACGUCUCCCUCGCCCUUUCCGACGAUUUUCUCAUUGGCCACAAUUUGUUCUUCGGGAACCUACAGGAAAUUUGAAUUCUGAACAAAGUUUCAGUGUUCGUAAUCUUCGAUAAUGGCGGCAAUACUGGCUUCGAACAGCUGUUGCCGCCAUUUCUUUGAGAGUUCAGAAGACUUUGGCUUUUCGCGAUCGAUCUCCAAUCUCAAUAAUUUCACAAAGCCAGAAGGACCGAUGAGUGAGCUCUCGACGGCAAAGAGGUUUCCGAAAUUCGUCGCUGAAGUUCGUCAAGUAGACUCCGAUAAAUAUGGGAGUAAUGGUCGACCGACGAAGAUGGUUUCUACGAAGGAUUUGAUAAGAAGCAACAGUAAUGGCAAUGGCCAUGUGAAACCAUCGGCAGUUAAUGGUUCGAAAGUGGUUGUUAACGGCGCUAACCUUGUGAAAAAGGAGAGUACUUCAGCUUUGGUUAAGACCCGAAAUAGAAAAGCCCCUCCUCAAAAGCCGAAAGCCCCGAAGGAGGAGCCUUUCGAGGAGGAGCUAAAAGUUUUACCUUCGGAUGAAGGAUUCAGCUGGGCUAAAGAUGAUUACAAUGCUUGGCAAAGGACUAUAGAUAUAUGGUCUUUCGUAUUCUCUUUACGAAUCCGUGUUCUCUUCGAUAACGCGAAAUGGGCGUAUGUCGGUGGCUUCACGGAGGAGAAGCAGAAAAUCAGAAGGAAAAGAACUGCUUCAUGGUUGAGAGAGCAAGUGUUACAGCUCGGGCCGACUUUCAUAAAGCUCGGGCAGCUAUCCUCGACGAGAUCUGAUUUAUUUCCAAGAGAAUUUGUCGAUGAGCUCGCUAAGUUGCAGGAUAGGGUACCUGCGUUUUCACCUGAAAAAGCAAGAGCCUUCAUACAAAGUGAGAUGGGUUGUCCAAUUGAAGUUAUAUUCAAGGAAUUUGAAGAUUGGCCGAUUGCUGCGGCUAGUCUGGGUCAGGUACAUCGAGCGGUGCUUCAUAAUGGUGAGAAAGUUGCAGUGAAAGUUCAGAGGCCAGGACUCAAAAAACUUUUCGACAUUGAUUUAAGAAACUUGAAAUUAGUGGCCGAAUAUUUUCAGAGAAGCGAAACAUUUGGAGGUCCUUCGAGGGAUUGGAUUGGAAUAUAUGAUGAAUGCUCCAAGAUUCUAUAUCAAGAAAUUGAUUACAUUAAUGAAGGAAAGAAUGCCGACAGAUUUCGUCGGGAUUUUAGAAACAUAAAGUGGGUUCGCGUACCACUUGUUAUGUGGGACUACACUUCCCAAAAAGUGUUAACCCUGGAGUAUGUUCCCGGUAUUAAAGUGAAUAGCUUGUCUCAGAUUGAUGCACGAGGAUUUAGCCGUUCAUUAAUUGCGUCACGUGCAAUAGAAUCUUACUUGAUUCAGAUUUUGAAAACAGGCUUCUUCCAUGCCGAUCCCCAUCCGGGCAAUCUUGCUAUCGACAAGGAUGGCUCGCUUAUCUACUAUGAUUUUGGAAUGAUGGGCGAAAUAAAAUCGUUUACCCGAGAGAAAUUGCUCGAAUUAUUCUAUUCCAUCUACGAAAAAGAUGCAAAUAAGGUUAUGAAAUGUCUCAUUGAUCUCGAAGCACUCCAACCAACAGGAGAUUUGUCACCGGUAAGGAGAUCUAUACAAUUUUUCUUAGAUAAUCUUCUGAGCCAGACCCCGGAUCAGCAGCAGACUUUGGCCGCAAUUGGAGAGGAUUUGUUUGCAAUAGCGCAAGAUCAACCGUUCCGCUUUCCAUCCACAUUUACCUUCGUCAUAAGAGCAUUCUCAACUCUCGAAGGUAUUGGGUACACAUUAGAUCCGGGCUUCUCUUUUGUUAAAGUUGCUGCACCAUAUGCGCAGGAGCUUCUAGAUAUUAAACAGAAUCAACCCGGUGGAGUAGAACUUGUCGAGGAGAUUAGAAAGCAAGCUAAUGACGCGAGGAACUCAACUAUGUCAAUGCCCUACCGAAUCCAGCGGAUAGAGGACUUUGUGAAACAACUCGAAUCGGGCGAUCUAAAGCUUCGUGUCCGAGUGCUUGAGUCGGAAAGAUCUGCGCGAAAGGCCACCAUACUCCAAAUGGCCACCAUGUACACAGCUGUGAGUGGGACCCUCCUAAAUGUCGGGGUCGCGCUGAGUAGCCAAGGAAACUAUGCUAUCGCAAAUAGCUCUUUUGUCGGUGCAGGUAUAUUCUUGGCAUUGGUGGUUAGAUCGAUGCAGCGAGUGAAAAAGCUCGACAAGUUCGAGAAGAUGAUCUAACCGCGUUCCUGCGUAAUCUGACGAGAACAUUACGAUCUCUGACGACGUCUCCUCGCGCAAAUCAUCUUCAACUUAUAGCAGUUUUUAUAGGCAAUUUGAACAGCAGAGGGGGAAGUUACUUUCCCUGUAUACAAAUCAAAUUAAAAAAAAUGUAAAUUGUUUUAUUAUUAGUUUAAAGCUGUAUAUUGGAUUCUAUAUCUAUUUUUUGCCCCACAAAAUGGGCUUCAAAUUGAUUAGUUAUAUGCCCAAGAAAGAGUAAUUAAGGCAUGAAUGUAAUUAUCUUAUGGCUUAAUGGGGGGAAAUUUGAGUUC